CAUUAUAGAGUGGAAAAGAUUGAAGCAAAGGCAAAUAUAUAUAUCUACAACAUUUUUUUUUCACAGUAUAUAACACAAAAGAACACAAGUGAGGACAAAGGGAAGAGACUACGAGCUAGCCGUUUCGAGACGUCCAGAAACGGCCAUUUCUCAGCCGGCAAGGUUUAUUUAUUAUUAAUGGCGAAGGUCUCUCAGAAAAACCAGAAGAACUCUGCAGCCACCGGGAAAAAAAACCACGGCAACGACAGUAACGUUGCGAAAAAGGCGAAGAGGACGCGAAAAAGCGUUCCCCGGGACUCUCCCCCGCAACGCAGCUCGAUUUAUAGAGGUGUCACAAGACAUCGUUGGACAGGUCGGUAUGAAGCUCAUUUGUGGGAUAAGAAUUGCUGGAAUGAUUCACAGAACAAGAAAGGAAGACAAGUAUAUUUAGGAGCAUAUGAUGAUGAGAAAGCUGCAGCACAUGCAUAUGACUUGGCAGCAUUGAAGUAUUGGGGACAUGACACUAUCCUCAAUUUUCCAUUACCAACGUAUGAAGAAGAGCUCAAAGAAAUGGAGGGUCAAUCAAAAGAAGAAUAUAUUGGAUCUUUGAGAAGGAAGAGUAGCGGAUUUUCCCGUGGAGUUUCAAAAUAUAGAGGGGUGGCAAGACAUCACCACAAUGGAAGAUGGGAAGCCCGGAUAGGCAGAGUAUUUGGAAACAAGUAUCUCUACCUGGGAACCUAUGCUACACAAGAGGAAGCAGCCACAGCGUAUGACAUGGCAGCCAUUGAAUACCGUGGACUAAACGCAGUAACAAACUUUGACCUUAGUCGUUAUAUCAAGUGGCUACGUCCAACUUCCAACCAAAAUAACCCUAACAACUUCCAACCAAACCCUAAUGGAGACUUAAUAAAUUCAACUAGCCCAACAAGUCCUAACCCUCACCUAGGGUUAAUGCGGUUGAGCGCAACCGGUGAUCCGGCGGCGACGACACCACGUAACGGCGGUGGCAGCGGCGGUGCUUCACCCUCAUCCGCUUUAGGGCUUCUAUUACAGUCCACUAAGUUUAAAGAAAUGCUUGAGAGAACUUCAGCCGCCGACGCGCCUCCGGAGAUGGAACCACCACGCCGGAGUUUCCCCGAGGACAUACAAACGUACUUUGAUUGCCAAGACUCCAGUAGCUACACUGAGGGAGAUGACAUUCUUUUUGGUGAUUUGGGUAACACAUUUGCUUCAGUUCCUAUUAAUUUUCACUGUGAAGAACUUGAUGCAUAGAGGGGAAAAUUUGGACAUUUUAAGUCUCCGUACUCUCUAUUACAUUUUUGUGAAUAGAAGAAGGAUAUGGUGACUUAUUUUGCUUAUAAUAUAUCAAUAUUGCGUGGUAAGAAUAUUACCACUAAAGAGACACAUUGAGGGUUGUUUUUUCAGAAGCAUCUUUUCUUUUUAGUAUGAGGAUGGAGAAGGACAUGAGUACUUGUCCAAAUUUUAAUUUUU